AUGGCUGGCAAUAUCAACAAUUUAGACGAACAAGCUAAAAUGGAAAUGGUAGCUGGAUUAGAAAUAGAAAUGAUGACAGAUAUGUACAAUAGGAUGACCAACGUUUGCCAGAAAAAGUGCAUUCCUGCAAAGUAUCGUGAAGCAGAAUUGAAUAAGGGAGAAUCCAUUUGUAUUGAUCGUUGUGUUGCAAAAUAUCUAGAAGUUCAUGAUCAGAUUGGUAAAAGAUUAACUGCGUUAUCCAUGCAAGAUGAUGCUGCUAACAAAAGAGCUUAA